AAGCCGUUCCAAAGGCUCAGCCAGAAAGAGAGAAAAGAGAUGCUUCCGAAUCAAGUGGACCCAAAAGGAGAUGAAAGAAACCAAUCAAAAAGUGGGAGGAAGAAAAGCUUCACUCUCCAGUGUGCUCCCAUUCAGGACUUGGUUGGCCAUGAAGAUGACAAAGAAAAAAGAAUGGAAAAGUGCAUAACGUUGAGUGGAAAAAUAUUUGAAGGUACAUUGGGUUUAAAUGAAGACUGCAGCAUUCACACAAAAGAACAGCAAUAUGAACACAUGGAGAGUGGAAACGGCUUCCUGUGGAGCUCUUUACUUACUCCCCAUCAAAGGGUCCACACAGGGGAGAAACUCUAUAAAUGCAUGAAGUGUGGAAAAAACUUCUGUCAGAUCAGUUCACUCAUCUCACAUAAAAGCAUCCACACCGGGGAAAAGCCGUACAAAUGCAUGGAGUGUGGGAAGUGUUUCCGUGAAAAUAGGUCCCUGACUUCUCACAAAAGGGUCCACACCGGGGAGAAACCAUAUAAAUGUAAGGAGUGUGGGAAGAACUUUAGUCAGAGCAGUUCCCUUACCUUCCAUAAAAGGGUCCACACAGGGGAGAAACCUUAUAAAUGUCUGGAGUGUGGAAAGAGUUUCAGCCAGAGCAGUUCCCUGACUUCUCAUAAAAGGAUCCACACGGGAGAGAAACCGUAUAAGUGCACGGAGUGUGGGAAGAGCUUCAGUUUGAACAGUACCCUUACUUCCCAUAGAAGGAUCCAUACAGGAGAGAAACCCUUUCAAUGCAUGGAAUGUGGAAAAAGCUUCACUGAAUCCACUUCCCUUAUUUCCCAUAAAAGAAUCCAUGCUGGGGAGAAAGCUUACAAAUGCAUGGAGUGUGGAAAAAGCUUCAUUCAAAUCGGUAAACUUAAUUCCCAUAAAAGGAUGCAUACAAGGGAGAACCCAUAUAAAUGCAUAGAGUGCGGAAAGAGCUUCAGAAUGAGCUAUUCCCUUAUUUUACAUAAAAGGGUCCACACUGGAGAAAAACCUUAUAAAUGUAUGGAGUGUGGAAAGAGUUUUAGUCAAAGUAGCAACCUUAAUUCCCAUAAAAGGAUCCAUUCAAGGGAAAAGUCCCAUAAAAUGAUCCACAUGGAAGAGAAGCCAUAUCAGUGCAGAUACUGUGGCAAGCUGUUCCCCAAAAGCAGUUCCCUUGCUUCCCAUAAAAAGGUCCACACAAGGGAGAAGUCGUAUCAGUGCAUGGAGUGUGGAAAGAGCUUCAGCAGGAGUGACAAUCUGUCGUACCAUAAGAGAAUCCACUCAAAGGAGAAACCCUAUCAAUGCCUGGAGUGUGGAAAGACCUUCAGUUUGAACAGUUACCUGUCUUUACAUAAAAGGAUCCAUACAGGGGAGAAACCGUACCAAUGCACAGUGUGUGGAAAGAGUUUUAGUCGAAGCAGUGACCUCAUUUCCCAUAAAAGGAUCCACAUAGUAGAGAAACCGUAUAAAUGCACAGACUGCGGAAAGAGCUUCAGCUGGAGCAGUAACCUGACAUCACAUAAGCGGAUCCACACGGGGGAGAAACCAUAUAAAUGUCUGGAGUGUGGAAAGACCUUCAAUAAAAGUGGCAACCUUUCUUCUCAUAAGAAGAUCCACUCAAAGGAGAAACCCUUUCAAUGCCUGGAGUGUGGAAAGACCUUCAGUUUGAACAGUUACUUGACGUCCCAUAAAAGGGUCCACACAGGGGAAAAACCGUAUCUGUGCAUGGAGUGUGGAAAGAGCUUCAGCCGAAGGAGUUCCUUUACUACCCAUAUUAGCAUCCAUAUGAGGGAGAAUAUGGGAGAUAAACCAUAUAAAUGCAUGGAGUGUGGAAAGAAUUUCAGAUGGAAUUGUCUGCUUAUUUCCCAUAAAAGGACCCACACAGGAGAGAAACCAUAUAAAUGCACAGAGUGUGGAAAGAGCUUCAGUCAGAGCAGUAACCUUGUUUCCCAUAAAACAAUUCACACUGGGGAAAAACCAUACAAAUGCAUGGAGUGUGAAAAGAGCUUCAGCAAGAACAGUUCCCUUACAUCCCAUAAAAGGAUCCAUACAGGAGAGAAACCAUAUAAAUGCACAGAGUGUGAAAAGUCCUUCAGUCGCAGCAGCCACCUUAAUUCCCAUAAAAGGAUACACACUGGUGAGAAACCGUAUAAAUGCACUGAGUGUGGAAAGAGCUUCCGUGAAAAUGGGUCCCUUACUUCCCAUAAAAGGAUCCAUACGGGAGAGAAACCCUAUAAAUGCAUGGAGUGUGGAAAAAGCUUUAGUCAAAGCAGUCAAUUGAUUUCCCAUAAAAGGAUCUACUCUGGAGAGAAACCAUAUAAAUGCACAGAGUGUGGAAAGAGCUUUAGUGAAAAUGGGUCCCUUACAAUUCAUAAAAGGAUCCAUACAGGAGAGAAGCCUUAUAAAUGCAUGGAGUGCGGAAAGAGCUUCAGUCAGAACAGCAACCUGAUUUCUCAUAGAAGAAUCCACACGGGGGAGAAACCAUAUAAAUGCACGGAGUGUGGAAAGAGCUUUGGGGAAAAUGGCUCCCUUACUUCCCAUAAGAGGAUCCACACACGGGAGAAACCUUAUAAAUGCAUGGAAUGUGGAAAGAGCUUCAAUACAAGCAGCAACCUGUCUUCCCAUAGAAGGAUCCACUCAAAGGAGAAGCAGUAUAAAUGCAUGGAGUGUGGAAAGACUUUUAGUCAGAGUUCUUCACUGAUUUCUCACAAAAGGAUCCACAGAGGGCAGAAGCCCUAUAAAUGCAUGGAGUGUGGAAAGAGCUUCAGAUGGAGCAGUCACCUUACUUCCCAUAAAAAAAUCCACACAGGGGAGAAGCCAUAUCAGUGCAGGGAAUGUGGGAAAAUAUUUCGAAAAAGCAGCUCCCUUAUUUCCCAUAAAAGUAUCCACACCGGAGAGAAACCCUACAAAUGUUUGGAAUGUGGAAAGAGCUUCAGGUGGAGCACUCAGCUUACUUCCCAUAAAAGGAUCCAUUCUGGUGUGCCAUACAAAUGUCUGGAGUGUGGAAAGAGCUUCAGUCAGGGAAGUCAUCUUAUUUCUCACAAAACAAUCCACACAGGGGAGAAGCCAUAUAAAUGUCUGGAAUGUGGAAAGAGCUUCCGUGAAAACGGGACCCUUAAUAUUCAUAAAAGGAUCCACACAGGGGAGAAGCCAUACAAAUGCCUGGAAUGUGGAAAGAGGUUCCGUGAAAAUGGGUCCCUGACUUCCCAUAAAAGGAUCCACACAGGGGAAAAACCCUACAAAUGUAUGGAGUGUGGCAAGAGCUUCGGGAGUAGUAGUAACCUUAAUUCACAUAACAGGAUCCACACCGGGGAGAAACCGUAUAAGUGCACGGAGUGUGGAAAGAGAUUCCGCCAGGAGAGUCACCUUACUUCUCAUACAAGGAUCCACUCAGGUAGUAAUCCAUAAAAAUACUAGGUUUAUUUGGUUCAGUUUGUACGUACUAGGUCUUUCUGGUCUGGAAUGAUACUUUCUCUGAAUACGUGGUGAUGCUAAAUUAAGAGAAGCAACUCAGAGGGUUUGUGCCUUACGUUUCUCAUGAGUUUCUUUCUUUCUGAUGCAUAGGAGAAUGAGAAUUAAAAAGCGUCAGGUGUGCUUUCAUCAAGCAUGAAAAAAGACGUUUGGGAAUCCAUGGGGCCCAAAAUAAAUAAAAUAACAUAAAAUCCUUCAUAAAGUAUUCAUGAAAAAGCAGUCCUUCACUCCUGAACGUACUAUGGUCGAGGAGCUCCUUCUCAUCAAACAGGACCAUAAACUGGGUAUCAGCCAGAUUUUAAAGAUGCUUAUAAAAUGAUAGAGCAAACAUGCAUCGGUUUUGCAGAUGAUGGGAGAUCAAGUCCCUGUAAGACAAAUACAGGAUACAAAGGAAUCUGGAAAGACAAAUAGGUUUGCCAUGAAAGCAACAAGUUCCCUCUUUUCCUUUUCUUUUUCUUCUGCUCUUCCUCUUUUUUUUCUUUCUUUGCUUUUCAACAGGACUUUCCCCUUCUGCAUUCUUUGUUGCACCAACUAGAGCUAAAUCUCACAUUGGUGCAGGCUGUUUCCUGCAGUUUCUGUUCAUCCAUCUAAAAGAGAAUUUGUACCGUAUUUUUCUCUAAGAAAAUUUAUUUGAAGUUUUUUUUUUUUUUUUGCUUAGAAGGCUUAAAAAAAUACUGCUUAUCCGCUUAAUUCCCUUAACCCUCUGUUCCACAUCACAUGACAGAGCCAGGCACACAUUGUAUUUUUUUACUUUGUAAAAACCUGGUUUUAUUUUUUUUUCCCUCUAUCCCAUCUUCUAUGGUCCCUUUUAAAUAAUUAUUCCUCUUGUUUUAGCUGCCCUGCCAUAUCCAAGAUAUAUUUUUUAAAAUGGUGUUUGACUUUGCAUUUGUUAGCCCUUUGCAGAGUUUAAUUUUAAUUUUAGGAGAGCCGCAUGUAUAGAAUGAAGGGAUUUAUUGGAAUGAAACUAAUGAAUGAUUUGGGCGGUGUGUGUAAGAAGGAAAGUAUUGAACUAAGAUGCCAGAUGAGACUGAUGGAAACCAACUGAUGGAAGAUGAGACAGUAAGAUGAAAUUGGACAGACAUGAGGAGGGUAGUUAUUGGUAGUUAGGAGGGAUGAGUAAUCAAGCCUGUGGUUGCUCUUGGACUUAUGCCCAAGGCCAAGGAAGUCUCUGCUCAGCCUUGGUGAUGUGUCAGUUGUGGCCCUAUCUGGGUCAAAAGACAGGGCAAAAGGGACUCUCACAAAUCACCAAAUAGGUGGACUGCUGUAAUGUGCUCUACAUGGGGUUGCCUUUGAAGACACCUUCAGAGCUACAUCUGGUACAGAAUUCAGUUGAAAAUGACAUUGUUGAAACCAGCUAUUGCAGAAUGACACCUAUUUUGGGGGUCAGCCUACAGGCUGCCAGGCCUAAUUCAAGGUGUUAUUACCUACAAAGCCCAGUUCAGAAUGGCCCAGGAUUACUUUAGGAACGGUUUAUCCAAAAUGUGUUAGCCCACCUGUUAGAUCAUCAAGAGGAGCCCUAUUUAGGGUACCAUACCAAUGUCAAGUGAAAACAUGGGCAGAAGACAGGCCUUUUCAGUGGUGGCCCCAACUCUGUGCAGCACACGGGAGAUAGAUUUGGCCUCUUUUCUCCUAAUCUUUAGGAAGCUUUUGAAACCCUUUAAGUGGGACUUUUAGGCCUAGACAGGAAGGAGGGUACCAUAUUUUCUUGUUUCUCCUGCUGUAAUUGUUAUAUAGUAAAUGUUUAAGAUUCUUGUGUACUGCCCAGAACUGUAUAAUUAGGGCAGUAAAAUGAAUAAACAACAUUUAGAGA